AAUAUUUUUAACUGCAUGUAACUUAUUUGAUGGCAAUAAUGAAAAUUUGGAUGUAACGUUUUUUUUUUGUUUUUUUACCUUUAUUUAAUUAGAGUAUUAGAUUUUUACUCCAAUAUAGAAAUGUUCUGAGAAUAUUUUUAAAAAAAUAAUUAUUUUUACAAAAAUAAAAUACCAAUAGAUUAGGUUUUUUUAUUUUUUUCCCAGGUGACUGUUUUCUUGCAAUUGUGUGUUCUUAAGAUUCUAAAUUGAGUUUCCAUAUUUUUUAUUUAAUUUUUGAAAGAUCGGGGCUUAUUCUUUUUUACGUUAACUAGUUUAACAAUCGUUUCCCCAAUGUGCGAUAAGCCGGCACCAAAACAAUCGGAAGAUAAGUUCACCUGCAAAGAGGUGCCCUGCCCUUGUUGCCCCCAUCAUCAUGAGACCUACGAGACCUUGUGUGAGCACUCGAACACAACAACGAUUCUCACAAGGCUUAUCAAUGUCGUCAGUGAUUCAGAAGGACGCUUCCUUGUCGGGAGACAGCAGCAGCUCCUUAACCAUUACCUCGGCCUAUCGACCAACAAUCAGCUUAAAAUGGUCGAUGUUGAAUAUAUGUCGAUAUUGCUCGAGUUCCUGUGUGAAAAUCUGCCUGAGAAUGAGCCAUAUAAGAAUCUCUUGUGGAGGGUGCUAUCACUGUGUCAGAAGCCACCUUACUUGACUAAAUUUUCCGAUUCACACAAUGCUCCAGUCAAACUGGCUGGUUACUUUUCAGCUCUAGGUAACUGCCUUAUAUUCCUAGAUGACCCCAACCUGAAGAUAAUGGUCAUCAACGUCAUAUACAACAUGCUGAACAACGAGAAGGAUCCUACACAUACCAUUAUCUCUUUUUCACACAGAAAAGCAGCCCUUGAUGCUAGUUUAAUGGGCGAGAAACUUUUACAGCUAAUUAAAAUAGAGAGUGAUACAAUUUAUCCACACCUGCUUGAUCUCAUCCUUAAAAUCGUCAUACUUUCUAAAGAAUGUGCUCAGACUCUUUUGCUAAAUGAUGGGAUUCACUGGCUGUUGGACAGAUUGGAUAUUUCAGAUGAGAAACCAGCUAAAGACUCAAUUUUACGAGAGACUACGAGCAUAGUGAUCUGGAAGUUGUUGGAUUGCGUGGGCGAUAAGAAACUCGCGUUGAAAGCUCCAUUUCACCCGGACAACCUUAAGAAGCUCAAGUUGUGGCUACGGAAUGAAACCAUCUUCGGAAAACUCUCUUCCAGGAACAACAUUGCAGCACUGAUAUGCCGUGUCCUUUAUGUCUUUCCCUACCUUGAAAUCAUAUCUUCUGGAGUUGUAGAAGAUGUGUGUAUGUUAGCAACAGCAACAGAAUUCGGCACUGAUGACAGUUGGGCCUCAACUGUUAAGUUCGCACCAAUCCAGGAAAAUCUUGAACUUAAGAAACUGCUCACAGUUUGCAUAUUAUAUCAUUAUCACAUGACAGGAGUGCGAAUGAUGGCAGAUGAAUAUGGGUUUCUUCCAAGUCUGUCCCUUUCAUUGAAUCCUUACACACCUUCAAUGGCACCUGCUUGGCCAACGUCCUUUAAAUGGGAAUUGAUUAACUACACCCUUCACGCGUUGCCGAUCAUCGCCCGGUACAAUCCGAGAAAGUACAUUGAGUGCUCUGUUACAACCCGAAUCGUUUUCCUCAUAGAAUACUUUUCGUCGGUGAAGGAAAGCCCUGAACUCGUUAAGUGUUGCUUGCAUUGUGUCCAAUUGCUCCUGAUAAACGGCAUUGGUGGGGAACAUUUCAGGCAACACAACCUCAUAGCAGUCUUGCUCGGCCUGGGCUACCACAUACUGAAAAAUAAACUGACACUGAGAGCUCAGAUCAAUCUGACCUACUGCUUCUUCAUACUCACCGCACUGCACAAAGAUUACGAUCCAAGGUUUGCUCAUUACGAGAUAAUGACUGCCAUUGGACUCGAGAUUCUCAACAGGUUCCUCAAAUCUCUGGAUUCUGAUUCCAAAUUUGAUGGGAGUUUGAUAGUUUCCACUAUUGACUACAUAUGGAACUGUGUUAUUAAAAUAGAAGAACAAAGAAAAUCGUUCAUAUUGCAAGGAGGAAUAUACUUACUUCUCGAUGUUGCCAAUAUUUCCUGUUUGCCAGUGCAAACAUUGAUAUUCGGCGCGCUUGCCGAUGCGACUUUGGACGUCAACAGUAUUCCUCAAAUGGUGACGUGGAGAGGAAGUUGUGAACAGGACACAAUCAUCGCCCUGAUGUGCAAUAUAUGGAGGAAGCAGGAAGAAGUCAAAGGCGUCAAGAGGGACCUGCAUGGCUGCAUUAAUAACUAUGAAGAAACACUUGCUGGUGAAAUUCAGAGCAAGUUGAAACCAGACAUCAUAAACUGCGCCUCCAUCGCCGAGAUGUUUGGCUGUGUCCGGCCUAAAAUUUUCGCAGUGCAUAGCAACAUUUUCCGACUCCACAGUAACGUCACCGACCGGGUCAUGGCAGCUUAUACGGUUAACUGUAACAACAUAUCAUUCAAAGACAAGAUAACAGAAGAGGUGAUCAUUUACUAUGAAUUCUUCAAAAGGGGAGAAAUAUGGGCUGCAUUGAAAAAGGCGUUAAAGGAAAAAAACAUCCAGCUGUUACCGCAGGGUGAGACCGCGCUUAAUAUACUUGCUUAUCGACACUUAUACACGGCAGUACAAGUCCAGAAGAAACAAUUGCAGCAUUACUGGUUAGAACUCGCCAAGGAAGAGAAUGAGGAAGAAAAUUUGUAUGACAAGCUUAAAUCAUGCAUGCUGGCUAAGGCACUGGAGGCCCUCAACGAGAUACGUUUUGAACUUUUCUGCAGUGAUUCCGAUUAUGCGAGAGAAGCUAAAAGAAAAAUCGAAUACACCUUCGAACAAGCAAGGACUUUGCACAAACUCAAUCACAAAUCGUCCACAUAUCACAAAGCCACCGUAACUGGGCUGAAUCUUGCCAGGAAUAAGCCAAACGAUUUUGUUAAGACGAUGUACAAUACGAAGCUGCCACCAACAGAGUACAUGGUGCCUGUAGAACCGGUUGUAGAAGAAAUAAAGAAAGCUGCUUCCAUAAGUGCUUUUGAUUUGGCAGCGUUGCACAGUCCAUCAAUUUCGUUUUGAACAAUAGUCCCUUUAUUUUAAAUAUGCACACAAUUAAAUAAACUAAAAUCAAAAAUAAUACAAUAUAUAUUACAUAUUAGCUGUAUGUUCAUGGACAUAAUUGCGAUGAGAAGAUUUUCAUGUGUUACAAAAACCUGGUAACUUCACAUUUUGUGAAACAAAACCUUACAAUCUAGGAUUUAAUUUAAAACUCAUUUUUGCACACCUUUGACCAACCUUCCACCAUAUGUGGCAAUAAGUUUAAGUUUUACUGUACUUAUUCACACAAUAUACACUAAGCAACAUU